AUGCACUCCGAAAGUAAAACAAAAAAGAAGAAGAAAAGAGGACAGAUGGUGCUUGGAAGCUUUCGCCCGGGCCUCCAAAGCGGAAACUAUGCCAGGUCAAUACCUCUUCAGGCCAAGAUAACUUAUAUGGGGACUAUGUUCCUGUGCCUUUGCAAACUGGCACUAAUUGCGGCGCUGGUAACAUUGCUGACGGUCUUGGUGAUGCUCCUGACGGUGUUUCUGAGGGCCGAGGUGACGAAAUUGGACGCCCGAUCCUCCUUUUACAACGGCGCCGUCCAGGCCGGGUACAACAGCGACAGCGUCCUCGCCGACGCCUACUUCAAGGGCAUCCGCGGCGCCAUCAACUGUGACGACGGUCUCUUGGCCAUGCUAAAAAACGGAGCACUCAACUGA